AUGAGUUCGUUCAGCACGAGGGCUCUGACUCUGCUCUCGUCGGUGUUCGGAGCCUGCGGUUUGCUGCUGGUGGGCGUCGCCGUGUCGACCGACUACUGGCUGCUGAUGGAGGAAGGAAUCGUCCUGCAGCAGAACCAGACCACCGAGGUCAAGAUGGCGCUGCACUCCGGCCUCUGGAGGGUCUGCUUCGUGGCAGGACCUGAGAAGGGCAGAUGUGUGGCGUCAGAGUAUUUCACCGAGCCGGAGAUAGAGAUCACGACGGAAAAUACGGCCAACAUACUCAAAAUGGUCCGAACUGCCACUCCCUUUCCCAUGGUCUCCCUGCUCUUCGUUUUCACCGCCUUCGUUAUCAGCAACAUUGGGCACAUACGGCCACAGCGCACCAUCCUCGCCUUCGUUUCCGGUAUAUUUUUCAUACUGUCAGGUCUCAGUCUGGUGGUGGGUUUGGUUUUGUACAUCUCCAGCAUUAACGACGAGGUGAUGAACCGACCCAGAGAGCCCGAGCAGUUCUUCCACUACCACUACGGCUGGUCCUUUGCUUUUGCCGCUUCGUCCUUCCUUCUCAAAGAGGGAGCAGGAGUGAUGUCCGUCUACCUCUUCAUGAAGCGUUAUGCUGAGGAGGAGCUUUACCGGCCUCACCCUGCACUCUACCGUCCCCGCAUGUCUGACUGCAGCGACUACAGUGGCCAGUUCCUCCACCCGGACUCCUGGCCUCCGCCACAGCGGGGUCGCAGCGCCUCCGAAGUCUCCUCGGACAUCUCCAUCCAGCUCAACCAGACUCCGCCCCCACAGCCACCACCCAAAGGGGGCAGCAGCUCCCAGGCGACUCCAUCAUCCUCCGGGCCUUCAUCGGCCGCCAGCUACCAGCUCCAGCCGGCCUCCUCCUCCUCCACCUCCUCCUCCUAUCCGCACCCACUUCACCCAGGCGCCACCUCCACCCUGCCCAGGGCCUCUCACUCCCACGGCCACCAUCAGCCCCACCCUCACCCGAGCGGGCCCCCUCCUCAGUCCCUCCCGAUGGCAGCGCCGCCCUCUGCUGUGCCUCCUCCUCGCUACCACACACAUAUGCGAAUGAGCGCCUCGCCAUGCUAG